UCACCAUUAAAUUACACCAUAUAUCACUACCACAAUUAUUUCGCUCAAAGACAGCUUGUGUUUCAGUCUCUCUGAAUAGAGAGUUUCACAAACAUGGAUAAGAGCAGGAAGACAGUAUUUGAAUAUCUGGAUAAGAUAUUGGCUGGUAGUGAAAAGGCAGCCCCUGAAAACCUGCUAUUUUCCUAUAAGGGAAUUUUGUACCCUGCUACUUUAUGCAGCCCUGAAACUUUCCAAGUUCUUGAUUCUUUUGAAGCCAGGAAUGACGAUGUGAUCCUAGUGGCAUACCCAAAAAAUGGUACUAACUGGCUUGAUCAAGUCUUAAAUGACUUGGAAAUUACAGCUGCAAAAUAUACAGAGGAGGAAAUUAAAGAGAGAAUUAAUAUUACAAAUGAAUUAUUUGUAUUUCCACGUCUAGAAUUUGGGGAUCCAGAGAAAUUUAAGGUCAGCAUGGGAGGAUAUUAGAAAUGUUAAUAUGGA